CCUCACGAUCCUGGUACGGUACAGUGAUCGGUUGAAAGCAGCAGCUCUGCUAUUUUUCCCACGGAGGUUCCAUCGAACGUCUUGGCUGUCAGGAUUACAGUUUCUUUGGUUUCAUCUGCAUUCUCAAAACUACUACUGGAGGGCAAACCAUUCCUGCAUUUCGUGAGUUUGUAGUUUCAAAGAUAUUCUGUUUGUUAUCAACCGUGCAACGCGAUCGUUCUGUUCUUCCGAGGGAUAAAUCAACUAUGACAGCUGGUACCGAAGGGAUUGCUUUGGCUUCGGCUGGGUCAAAUGAUGCCACAAAUAAGGAUACCAUGGCACUCUCAAAGACUUCGAAAACUAGUGUACUAGUCAUUGAAACAAAUGACGAGAAUAUUGGUUUGAAUUCACCCUCAACAGACACAACUCUUAGUUUGAGAUCAAUGAGGAUUGAGGAGCAAUCAAAGGAGACAGAGGUUCUCUUGGUUGGGUUAGAUGUUUACUCUGAUAUUGCGAAGGACGACGAUUGCGAGAGUGUUUCUUCAUCAACAACCUCAAGCAGCUUCAUGUCCAUCUACUUCGAACGAACUGAUUUCUUGCCGUGGGAAAACUUGUACGCGAAAGCAGAAUAUGCACCCCAUGUUGGGUUCGCAAUCGCUGCUGGCGGUUUUGCAUGUAUGCAUCCUUUCAUGUUCUUUGCGGGGGCAGUCACGGCCAUGGGAGCCUUGAGAGCAGCUGGUGCCGCGUACGACUAUGCGACUUGCAGUUUGCAAUCAGUAAGCACGGAAGAUGCAGACGGACAAGCGACAACUUCCUGCGAUUGGUUUCCAGCUGCCUUUUCGCUGAGUUAUACUGAUGACAACAUCAAUGACGAAGCGAAAAGACAAUUCUCUCCCGUGCGGGGAAAUAUGGGAGACGUGGAAUCCGUACCGCUCUUGGCAAAAACCUCAUCAUCUUGCUCCACAAGUGCAUCGACUACUGUGGAAUCAGUAGAAAACGAAAUCAAACUUGGCAAAAAGGAGAAUGCGAGUAAACCAGUUGUGAACGAUCCCUCGAUGCCUUGUUUGAUUCAAUCGCCUCCAAAAAUUUACCAUCAAGGGACGUUAGAAACUUUGGGCCCCGUUCAAUGGGUCAAAGAUACCUUUCCAUCACUUCCAACUAUUGCUCUUGACAACGCCGAGUUUCGUGGACUCUAUGCGCAAGAGUUUUUUGACGUAUUUUUCGCUGACGAUGCCCCGUUUGGAUUCCCGGCCUUCCACAAAUUGAGAAGAGACAAGGAAGUGAAGUAUGGUUUGUGGAGAAAUGGAAUAUCAUCGGAGAUUUUUGAGAGUGAUGGCAGUGGCAUCGAACUUCCUCCCACCCUUACUACGAAGGAAAGAGACGUGGAAUAUCAUGCCAAGACMAAUUCAUUUUUGGGUCCAGCCUAUGCACCUACAAAGAAAACCCAACGAGCAUAUUUUGUGUCGAAGAAGAUGCUUGUCGUUGAUAUCAAAAUGACUCUUCACGACAUUCCCUUCAGUAAGCAGUUUUAUCUUAUUGAACGAUGGAUCAUUGAUGGAACUCACAGCAACGCCAAAAAUCAACCCAAGGAUCUUCAUUCACGAAAGAAAAACAAGAACUCAAAUUCUUCCAAACCCUCUUCGUCUCAUUGUGUGUACGUCACGGUGUCGUCGAAAGUUUGCUUCACUCAAGAAUGCGCAUUCGAGUCGACAAUCGCCAAAGAAUCGGCGAAGCAAGUUUGCGAAAUCUCAAAGUGUUGGAACAUAAUGGCACAAGACGGAUUGAAGCGAACAGAGGAAGCGAGGAUGAAACGAUUGCGUCAAAAACAGCUAAUAGAGGAGCAACGUGCCAGGCGAGAACAACAACAAGGAGUUAUGUCCUCUCCGCUAUUAGCUCAAUCGUCAGGUAUUGCCAAACAAUUUGAGAACGACGAAAGCAUCGAAAUCGAGCAUUUAGAUAUUGUUCUUCCCGACCACAAAAAUGAGUCUCGAAGAAAUGGUAGAAACAGGAGUUGUAAUGGAAGCAGACGGAAUUCGUUCCCGCUUCGUCAAAAGAACGAUGGGACACAAACAAACCGUCGAAGCUUGUCGCGAAAGUUUUCCAAGAUAUUGUCUCGUAGUGGCCAUCCGAAUGGUAUCGACGUAAGAACCGGAAAUGAGGUCUUAUCAUCGCCUCCGAAAGUUCGAAUUUCUAGUGCUCCGUGCUUAUGAUUUUAAAACACGCCGAACGACACAACCAUGUGCCGAGUGCAGAAUUAAGAGGGAUGAAAAGCAGCUUGGCUAUCGGCGAAUGAAAUCUGCACAAUACAAUUUCAUUGAAUACAAUAGACAAAAUUACGUACA